AUGACAUCCCCUUCUCCUCACGACCGAAGCGCAAAGACGACGUGGAAAACCAGCGGCGACGGCGAAGAAGAAGACCCCGUGGAGCAAAUGAUCUCUCGCACGGGCUGCACCGAGCAGCACGAGGCGCUGCAGGACUGCAUGGCCGAGCAUCGGGACUGGCGAGUGUGCCAGAGCUACGUGGGCGCCUUUAAAAAAUGCAUGAGCGACCACCACAAGACACGGCAGGAACACUUGAGCCAGCGCCAGCGGAUGGCCGACAGUACCUCCACCUGAGAUUACACUCAAGGUGUCUUGAUUUGCUAAAGCAGAGCCUGGACCUCACGUUGGAUUCUGACCCGACAAACAGACUCCCCCCCCCAAAAAUUAUUUGAUAUUAAUGUUGAAACUUGUACUGUGAAUAAAUAAUUAUUUACAAAAGACUGAA